ACACACAGGCUGACAUAUCAGCAUACAUAAAAUAUUAAUACAAUCUAAUAUUACAUAUACAAAGUACGGAGCAGAGACCAUUCAUCUAUUUUGCAAGCAUUCAUGGUUUAAAACAGAAACAGGGACACACUGAAGACAUAGAGAAUGAAACUAUCAAAAUCAGAGGCAGAAGAUGGGAAACUGCACUAAGACUCCACAGAAAAAAAACAUGAAGGGCACGUCUUCUCUCGUUCAGUUAACACCUUUGUCUCCAUCUGACCUGCGAUCGGGGAUUGUGGACAGCUGGCCACAACCAUUACAGAGCUUUGGGGCUUUGCAGAGUCUAGCGGGGACUGCCUGCAUCUUCCUGCGACACAGCAUCGCUAUUACCCAGAUCGACAGAGAACUGAGGCCUGAGGAAGUAGAAGAGCUAAAAGAGGCAUUUCAAGAAUUUGACAGAGAUAAGGAUGGAUUCAUUGGACACAAAGAACUUGGGGACUGUAUGAGGACAAUGGGAUACAUGCCGACUGAAAUGGAGUUGAUCGAGCUCUCACAGAAAAUUACAGGAGGCAAAGUUGAUUUUGAUGACUUUGUGGAACUUAUGGGACCAAAGCUCCUGGCAGAGACAGCUGACAUGAUUGGAGUGAAGGAGUUAAGAGAUGCCUUCCGUGAGUUUGAUUCAAAUGGUGAUGGACGAAUCAGCACACUUGAACUGCGAGAGGCAAUGAGAAAAUUGCUUGGACAGCAGUUGGGACCCUGUGACGUGGAGGAAAUCCUGAAAGAUGUAGAUGUUAAUGGGGAUGGACUGGUGGACUUUGAAGAGUUUGUACACAUGAUGUCACGAUGAAAGACAUUUCAUGCUUUCUCAAAGAAUGAAAAGCACAAAUGAAGAAAUCCAGAAAUUUGUAAAGAUAAAAGAUAUAUAUAUAACAGAUUUUCACAGCAUUUAUGUGCUGUUCUAUGUUUAUCAUCUAUAAUUAUGUAGAAUUCUAACAGCAUACAUAUAUUUAGACUUCUUAAAAUGUUCAUAUAAAUAUCUUAGGUAACUCAUUUUGUACAGCAAGACAAUAAAUAAAUUACAAUAAAUAAAUAAAUAGAUGAAAAUGUAUUGUGCAAGUUUAUGUUGAGAUACAGGUAUAGGAUCCAUUAUCAGCAAACCCAUUAUCCAGAAAGCAUCAAAUUGUGGGAAAGGUCAUCUCCCAUUGACCCAAUUUUUAGCAAAUAAAUCACAAAUAUUUCCUUAUUUGCUAUAAAAAUUCAAUAGUCCAUUGUACUUUAUCCUAACUGAGGCAUAAAUAAUCCUUAUUGGAGGUAAACAAUCCUGUUGAGUUUAUUUAGGGCAGAUUUAUCAAAGACCACAAUAAAACUAACUCACUUCAUUCCUAUGGGAUUUUUAAAAGCAUAUCUAUCAAAUGGUGAACUCCAUUGAUAAAUAUGAUUCUAAAUAUUCCAUAGGAUUAAGUAGAACAUGAGUAAGAUUUUCUGUGGUGAGCUGUAAUCUCACAUUUUGAUAAAUCUGCCCCUUAACGUUUUUUAUGAUUUUUUUAGUAGG